GCUGUAAGCAAUCGCUACGGCUCUCCCUAUCUGGCGCACCCGAACCCGAUCUCGCCCAAUGGCAAUCAGAGUUGCAGGUCACCGUCCUAUAGCAACACGAAAGGGGUGGGACCGAAGCUCAGGCUCGGUUGGAGCGGCUGAAAAAGGUUGAGGGGGGCUUCCCAUGAGCCUGGGUCUCGGGGAAGCUCCUCGGCCUGUGAAGGUGGUGGGGAGGAGGGGCGCAGCUGCCGCUUUGCGGCUUGUGCUGAGAGCAGAGUGGCCCCUGCUUCUCCCUGUUUCCUGCUGUCGGUGCUGCUUUCGCGGCUAUCGCCUACCCAUGCAUAAAGAUGCCUUAGAAAAAUACCAUGGACAAAUAUAUUAAGGUGCAAAAGAUUGGUGAAGGAUCUUUUGGAAAAGCAAUUCUGGUUAAAGCAAAGGAAAAUGGCAAACAAUAUGUUAUUAAGGAGAUCAAUAUAUCUAAGAUGUCAAAUAAAGAGAGAGAAGAAUCAAGGAAAGAAGUUGCUGUGUUGGCAAACAUGAAACAUCCGAAUAUUGUCCUGUACAGAGAAUCAUUUGAAGAAGGCGGCUGUCUUUAUAUAGUGAUGGAUUAUUGUGAAGGAGGAGACCUGUUUAAAAAAAUUAAUGCUCAGAAAGGUGUCUUGUUUUCGGAAGACCAGAUCAUGGAUUGGUUUGUACAGAUCUGUUUAGCAUUGAAACAUGUACAUGACAGAAAAAUUUUGCAUCGAGAUAUAAAGUCACAGAAUAUAUUUUUAACCAAGGAUGGAACAAUACAAUUGGGAGACUUUGGAAUAGCUAGAGUUCUUAAUAGUACAGUGGAGCUUGCUCGUACUUGUAUAGGAACGCCUUAUUACUUGUCACCUGAAAUCUGUGAAAACAAGCCUUACAAUAAUAAAAGUGACAUAUGGGCUCUUGGUUGUGUUCUGUAUGAAAUGUGUACACUAAAACAUGCAUUUGAAGCUGGCAAUAUGAAAAAUCUGGUACUCAAGAUAAUAUCUGGAUCAUUUCCUCCUGUUUCUGUGCAUUACUCCUAUGAGCUCCGAAGUCUGGUUUCACAAUUGUUUAAAAGAAAUCCUAGGGAUAGACCAUCAGUCAGCUCCAUAUUGGAGAAAAUAUUUAUAGCUAAACGCAUUGAAAAAUUCCUCACACCACAGCUUAUUGCAGAAGAAUUCAACCAUAAAGCAUUCCAGAAAUGUGGACCUCAUGCUGCACCAGCAAAGAGACCAGCUCAAGCACACAACCUGGCCUCGGCUGCACCUGCUCAGAAAAUUACCAAACCUGCUGCAAAAUAUGGAGUGCCUUUAAUGUUUAAGAAGUCUGGAGAUGCAGCUAAAAAGUUGUAUGAAAAGCCUUUAAUUAAAUGCAGACAGGCCCAUCCACCUCCAAUGAAGAAAGGGAAACCAGAAGAAGAAAGGAGGAAAAUGUUUGAGGAAGCUGCUAAAAAGAAAAGGCUAGAAAUGUUUGAGAAGGAAAAAAGACAGCGUGAACAGAUCAAUUUCAUGAAGGCAGAGCAGAUGAGAAGACUUGAGAAGGAAAGGAUGGAACGAAUAAACAGAGCUAGGGAACAAGGAUGGAGGAAUGUGCUAAAUACAGGUGGAAGUGGUGAAAUCAAGGCUCAGUUUUUUGGUGGUGGAGGAGGCAUUGUGCCUUUACCUGUGCCAAAUCGAGGAGCAUAUGAACGCUAUCAUGCUAUCUUUGAUCAGAUGCAGCAGCAGAGAGAAAAUAUUAAAGUAGCAGAGGGAAAAGAUGCUGAAUUGAGAGAGAAGCAAAGUCAAGAACCCAUCGAAAGAGGACUUCUACCUGGAGUUCAUCCAGGAGCUCCUAAUGGGCCAGCAGGUCACCAUCAUUCAUCUGAUGCUGAUGCAGUUAGGAAAAGAAUGAAAAGAUUGGAGGAGGUGUCUAGACAAGCCAAUGCAAACAGACAAAAAGGACGGGUAGCUGCAGAAAGAGCUAAACAAGUUGAAGAAUUCUGGCAACGAAAACGAGAAGCCAUGCAAAAUAAAGCUCGUGCCGAAGGACAUAUGGACACACUGCAAAACCUGGCAGCUAUCUAUGGAGGCAGGCCCAUUUCUUCAAGAGGAAGGAAAGCCAGAAACAAAGAGGAAGAGGAAUACUUGGCAAGACUAAGGCAAAUAAGACUUCAGAACUUCAAUGAACGCCAGCAAAUUAAAGCAAAACUUCGUGGAGAAAAGAAUGAAGCUGGUGGUUCUCCUGUACAUGAAGUAAAUGAAGAAUUGGAAAUAAGACGUAAAAAAAUUGAAGCACUAAAGGCACAAGCAAAUGCCCGGGCUGCAGUUCUGAAAGAACAGCUAGAACGAAAGCGAAAAGAAGCAUAUGAAAGAGAGAAGAGAGCUUGGGAAGAACAUCUAGUAGCCAAAGGAGUAAAGGCUCCAGUGGGAGCUGCAGAGUUAAGUCCUGUGCAUGGCAAACAAGAAAUUGGAGGUUCCCCUACCAGGCUGUUGAAGCUCACUUCACCACAAGUCAUCUCCAUGACAUCUGCUUUGAAAGAAGUGGGUGUGGAUGAAAAUGCAGCCAUCACCCAGGAAACCCCAGAAGAAAAACCUGAUGUUGCUGUUCAGAACAAGAGAGACAUACUUCGAAGACUGAAUCAAAACCUUAAAACCCAGGAAGAAGUGAAUGAGAAAAAUGAGUCUACAAGCCCAUGUGAGACAAUUGUGACCGAUGAGAAUAACCAGCAAGGAGAAAAGUGUCCAAUUUUAUCUGAUCGCAAGAAAUGGGAGGCAGGGGCUCAGCUUGUAGUUCCACUUGCACAGUUAACAAUGGAAGAAUCCCUUUCUGGAAUAGAAGCACAAACGAUAGGGGACGUUAUUAAGCUAGAUGUUGAACCCCAGCGAAAAGUCUGGGGCAAAAGUCCUACCGAUUCAGUGUUGAAGAUACUUGGAGAAGCUGAGUUACAACUUCAGACUGAUCUGCUAGAUGACAUAAGUAUUACCAAUGAAGUUCCAAAGGAAUCUCUAACACUAAAAGAGAAUAGUGAAAUGAGUGCAGCAACUCCUGUUGAAGAGGAAUCACUGGCUGAAGUUGAGAAUACUGAAAAUAUGAAAAUGGAAAAGUCUCGUACACCUGAAUUAAUCCGGUUGUCACCAAAGCCUGACCUGGUAGAUGAGCCUGAUGAUUUGGAAGAAGAAGUAUUGGAAGAAACCAAAGAAAACAAACACAAAGACAAUGUAUUCCCUGUUGUUGCAGAUGUGUGGGUGAAAAAAAGAGAAGUAAAGGAAGCAGGGCCACAGGAUCAAAUUGAUAGUUGCCAGUAUGACAAUGAUGAAGACUCAGCCUCAGAAGGAGGAGUGCUAAGCAAGAUGCCAUGCCAUGAUGAAGCUUCAAUAGAGACUGGUGUCAAAGAUUCUAUGCAGCCUGAACCUUUUUUCCAGAAGGUGGCACAGCAUCCAGCAAUAUUAACAGCUUCUCCAGUUCUGUCAGCACAGUCUUCGUUUGAAGAUUCUCUCCCAAACAGGUCGCGCUCUGUAUCACCAGAGAAGAGUAAAGGCAAAAACUCACUGUUGAUAGGACUUUCUACUGGUCUAUUUGAUGCAAACAAUCCGAAGUUGCUGCGAACUUGUUCCCUCCCAGACCUUUCCAAGCUUUAUAAAACAUUAGUUGAUGUUCCCAGUGUUGCUGAUGUGCAGAAUCAAGAUAAUCUUGAAAUAGAUGAUAUAGAAGAUGAGCCAGCCAAAGGAGAACAAUCUGAUUCUGAAGACAUUAUGUUUGGAGAGGCAGAUCCAGAUUUGCAGGAGCUUCAGGCCUCAAUGGAGCAAUUACUAAGAGAGCAGCCCAGUGAGGAAUUUGGUGAAGAGGAAGAAGGCACUUUAAAAGCUGAAUGCCUAGCUAAUGGUACAGAGGUGGAUGAAGAUGACAACAAUCCCAGUAGUGAAAGUGCCCUUAAUGAAGAAUGGCAUUCAGACAACAGUGAUGGUGAUAAUGUCAGUGAAUGUGAAGAGUAUGAUAGUGUGUUCAGUCAUCUGGAAGAGCUGAGAUGUCACCUGGAGCAAGAAAUAGGCUUCGAAAAAUUUAUUGAAGUUUAUGACAAAAUAAAGGCUAUACAUGAAGAUGAAGAUGAGAAUAUUGAUAUUUGCUCAACAAUAGUUCAGAAUAUUUUAGGAAAUGAACACAAACAUCUAUAUGCCAAAAUUCUCCAUUUAGUAAUGGCAGACGGAGCUUAUCAGGAAGACAAUGAUGAAUAAUCCACCUUGUAAAUUCUGAGCCAAAUAUAGGUGUGUGGAUUUUGUUCAGUAGAAUAACAAGACACACAUGAAAUUUAACAGUUGUUUGUGGAGAUGCUUAAAAGCUUGUUGAUUGCAUGGAGGAGAUGAAAAACAUGACACUUCUUGCUGAAAGGCUGUUUAUAGAUUACCUCUGACAUAUAUACCAUUGUUACUCAACAGAGAACUGAAAAGGCUGCAUUUCGUUUCAGAUUUCAGCAAACAGAAAGGCUGACUCAGAAAUAAUUUACUGUUUCAGAAAUUAUCAUGUGAAUAAGGGCUUGUCAUAUUAGCAGCUGCUGUUGUUUGUUUCAAUCUAAGCAGUUAAAAGAGCAACCCAAACGAAGAAGACCUUUUCAAGUUCCUUACGCCCAUGAAUUUUAAAACAAAAAAAGUGGAAUUGCAUUACAGGCAUUCUUACAGAACUUAUUUUGCUUUCUGUUCGAGAUACAUUUAUUAUUUCUCAAUAAUGGUUUCCUUGGUCUUAAGCGCAAUAUUAUAUGGAAGCCAACCUCUUUAAAAUCAGUGGAAUAUUUCCCAUAUGAUGUAUGCUUAGGGUCAGGGUAUUUGAAUACUUCACCUUAUGUUUUGUGUGUGUGUGUGUAUGUCUAAGUAAAUGUGUGUACAUAUUCUGAAUAUUUUCCAAGGGUCAAUUACUUUUUUUGUUUUCCAAAUCAAAGCAAAUAGUGUGUCACUUUCAAUAUUUGAUAUUUCUGUCAAGUGGGUUAAAUAAUUAAUUUGGAGCUGGAGAAAGAUUCUGCCAUUUUUCUACUAUAAAUAAUAGCUUUUAUAUAAAGGGCUCUUUACUGCAACACUAUGUAUUGGACUAAGUCUGCUGAUUCCAUUUUGCCCUGUAAUUGGGAACAUCCUAGCAGUAACUGUGAUAAAGGCUAAUACAAAUGUUGUACCCCAGCUAUUCUGAAACAAGAUAUGUAUCUUGCAGAUGGAUCUUCAGAGAAAGCAAGCUGAAUCUUAUUUUCCCUUCUCUUUCUUGGAGAGAGGAAGGGGUACUUUAUGGGGAAGGAAAUAAAUUCCUGUGAGAUGAUGACUUAAAAUAUUUCUAGUGUGCAGCAGGUAAAAUAGCUUGGCAAGCUAGCUGGAUCAGCUGUAAUGGUCAACAUCCAGUUAUUUUGUUGAAAGGUAGCUUUUUCUACUUUGGCUAAUAUAUGCCAGGUGGGAAGUAUAUAUGUGAACUCAUAAUGAUUCUAGAACUGAAUUAAAAGUUUUAUUUUUAACCAAAUAAACGCUUGACCUUUUUGUA